AUGGCCGCCUCCUCAGACGAAAUUCAAUAUCCACAAGAAGGGUUUUUCAGAGCCAUGGAACGUCGCUUCGCAGACGAGAUUCUUUACUUCGAUCCUUUCCUGACCGCGGACCUGGAUACCGUCGUGGAGGCCGUCAUGACUCCCAUCUUUUCCGAGCUCGUGUUGCUGCUCGCCGUUGUCGGACGAGUGCGCCUGCAGACCGGUCUCCUCCCGCCGAAGUCUCUCUUGAUUAUCGGCGUGCUCCAGUUCUACGAGAGCCGCGAAAGGGCAGACCUCGUCCUGCUUCCUGACAUGGCGCGGCAUGUGCUGCUGCCCACGAACGGCCGUGCGCCACCUUGCGACACUACUCGUUUUCCUCAGUGGUGGCUUCAGCACCCUAGAAACUGGCUGGCAUCUGCUCACAUAAUCGACCGACAGGCUGCAGAGCCCACUUUCGAUCUCUCCCAAUGGAUCAUCCGCACAGUCGGACACCACACUUCGCUGAUGAAACUAUUAUCUUCGCAGGGAGCUGAAGCAGAGGCUCUUCUGGCCGAUCUGGGCCAUGUUCUUCAGCGUCUGCAGCGGUUGAGGGAGGCGUUGUACGAAGUCGGACGAGGAGUAGAAGAUGUACAUCAAGAUGAGGAGGACGCCUUCGUUGGCCUACAGCAGGACCGCCGACGCCUACUCACCGUCGCCCAGCGUCGGUAUGAGGCAGCAACCGGGUUAGAGGAGGCAGAGGUUCCAUUUCCAGUUCCCCCCAUCCCCAACACGCUUGCUGAGGCAUGA